CUGUGCACGAUUUAACAUGACCGUUCGUGAUUGUCAUCCUACCCGCUUUUGUUCCGCCGUCACGUCGGCUGCCGAACGACAGAUGAGUUUGGAAGAUCGCCUAAAGACAUUUGACAAAUGGCCCUUGUCGUACGUUUCACCGCGGUCCCUUGCGGAAGCUGGUUUCAUCUACACAGGAGAAGGAGACGAAGUAAAGUGCGUGCUGUGCCGGAUGGUUCAUUUCAACUGGAUGAUCGGUGACCUGCCAAAGUUCGAGCACCGACGUAUCAGUCCGGAAUGCUCGUUCGCUGCUCUAGUGGCGGAUGGUGAGGUGUAUGUUCCGGCCAUGAAGGAAUACCGCGAUCGAUUUGCCACGUACGCUAAAUCGCCGGGGCAAGUCAUUAGCCAGCGCCCAAUGGAUAUGGCCAAUGCCGGGUUUUUUUUCAUGGAGGGAAUAUGGGAUCAGGUGCAGUGCUUUUGUUGCGGGCGUAAACUGAUGCAGUGGACACGCGAUGACGACCCGUGGAUCGAGCAAGCCAAAUAUGAACCUCGGUGUGAAUAUUUAUUGGAGAAGAAAGGCCUGUGA